AUGAAACUAGCAUCCUCGAUGCAGAAGACCAGCGCCCUUGAGAAGCAUUUCCACACCAAGCAUCCGCUUCGAAUGUUUUAUCGCGAUGUUCUGGAUGAGGUGGAAGGCUGCAAGGGCCACUUUGACUUGUCCGCCGUUUGGGCUCGCCUCGCGCCGUCCGGGAACGUCUACCGCCUCUGUGCGCUCCAGGAGGUGCGCCUGGGUCAUUGCGCAGACCUGCAAUCCCAGCUCAGGGAGCUGGCCGAGGAGUUCGAGGAGACGUUGGGCGGCACGUCGGAAGAACGCUACAACUUGUUGAUCGCAUCGUUAAAGGAAGCGAAGGUGGACUUGGACGAGGCCUAUGAGCAAGCUGAGAAGGGCUGGGAGCUCGACAGCUUUAAGACCACUGGGUAUCCUCCGCUUGAGGAAUUCCUUGUCGGCAAUGUCAGUCGCGGACUUUUCGUCGCCCCCGCGGAGCCAGGUGCAUGGAAGGACUGGUGCACCUCAAAGCUUGUUGGCUGCAUGGUCGCCGUGGUUCAGAUCCUUGGCCCUGUCAUGGUGGUGUUGAGCUUGUGGCAGGACCCGACCAACUAUCUGCAGCAUCCCCUUGAAACUGCGAAGCGCAUCUCUGUAAACAACGUCUUCUGUGUCGAGAGGGACAUGGGUGAGUGGUGUACUAUUCUCAUGGGCGUGGUCUUCUCCUUCUUCGUGGUGGUUCAGUUGUUGAACUAUGCACACGAAGAGUUGGAGGAUGCAUACAAGUUCGGCCGUCUUGCUGGUUGCGCUUCCUUCUGGGCUUUCGCAGGUGGCUAUAUCAAUGCCUGGUGCGUGAUGUGGAAUAUCUUGGUGAUACCGGUGUCCUUCUGGAAGCUGACCCACGCUUCUCAAGUGGUCCUGAACGCGAUGACAAUCCUGUUCAUGUUUAACUUGGAUGAUCUCGCUGGCACAGCCGGGGCUGUGCUCGGUACCAGUGACACCCUUUUCCAACGGGGUCUGUGUUGGAACUACGCGUUACUCUCGCAAUGCCCUCUUGAUUUACGAGAUGUCGUGAAUCCAAAGGCCACAUCUGCUGCUGACUUUUGGCAGUUGCGGCUGACUGCAACUGCGCUUCAGUCUGCGAGGGCAGCUCAGAAUGCAGAGACCCGAGUGGCCCCCUUCGAACAGACGCCACUCUUGGCCGCCAAUCGGAAUGGUCAUGGUGUUCCGUCCCUAGAGCAGUUGAAGGUGUGCAUGCGAUUCACGAAGGACGGCAGCAUCUACCAGCUUCCAAGUGCGAAUUCCUCCAUCCAGGCGAGCCUCUGGCAGCUCCUGGUUUGGAUUUUGAGGCUGCUUCAAGUGCUGAUGCCAGCGUUCUAUUUCGUCGUGAACAAGCCGUGCACCCACCCAGAUGAUGCGACCGCCGCCAGCAAGUACUGA